UAGUGUGAGUAAAAGGCCACAUCUAGCCACACCCGUGCGCUCAAAACAUAUUGGAAGGAGAUAAUACGUUGUAGCAUGUAAUGCGUAUUGCUACACACAAAUCCGACGUACAAAGUGUAUGGGCUGUUAACUACACAAAGGGCGUAUACUAGGUUUUGACAAAAGGUCAAAUUAACCGCUUUUGAGCCGAGGAUUGCAUCCUUAUCACCAAGAGAUGAAUCCUCAGCAUAUCCAUCAGAACAUGGGCUACUUGCCCCUGCUAGCUGAGGAAGGCUUGAAAGUAGUCAACAGCUACCAGGGCAGUGUCCACCUCCCUCCGGAUGACUAUCACCAGCCGCAGACCUCGGCCCAGCAGCAUUACAUGCCCCAUUACCAGGUCCCCGGAGAUGGGUAUCCUCACCACCACCACCAUCCCCAUGAUCGGAUGCAAGGCAUGUACAUAGGACCUCCAGGAGUUGGAGGACCAGGAGGAGGAGCAGGCAGCAGUACCAGUGCUGCAGACGACAUCAACCUACAUAGCUUUGAUGAUAACAGGGGAGGGCUGGUGACAUUCAACCAACCGCAGUACCUCCCAAAGACUACCGCCCCUCUGCCAGCUGAGCCUAAACCUAAGGAAAGGUCCAAGAAAAGCAAAGGUGGGCAGCCUAAGAAGAGGGCUCGGAACCCAGCAGCCUGGAAGAGGAACACCAACAAGAGGUUGCGCAAUUCAGGGCAACCGUAUAUCAAUUCGAAUGGAUGCGUCAUGCCAGCUCGGAAGAUGAAGGAAUCGUGUAAGAACUGCAGGCAGCGAUGUCCUGAGAGGAUCAGCGAGGAGCAGAGGCAGGAGAUCUUUGAUGAUUAUUGGCAUAGUAACAAGGACUGGACCUACAGACGAAUGUACAUCAUCGAACAUGCUUUGCCUCAGCCUAUUCAGAGGAGACGAUCAAAGAGGGAUCUGGAUCAGAAAGCCCGCAGAAUCAGCUUCCAUUACCAUUUGACUUGCGAUGGCAUCAUGGAGAAGGUUUGCAAGAGAUUCUUUCUCAACACCCUUGCUGUUGGAGAGAAGUUUGUCAUCAUAUCACUGCAUAAAAAGACAGUUGAUGGGAAAGUGAUACCUGAUAGACGAGGUAGGCAUCCAGCUGCGAACCAAAUUCCCUACGACAUGAAGCAAGAGGCAAGGAGGCAUAUCCAGCUGAAUAUCUUGAAUAGACCGCAGGAACAGGUCAGCCUUCCCAAGAUGUAUGACUCGUAUGUUCAGGAGUGCGAGAUGCACCAGAGAACAACGGUUAAGAAGCACUUCUAUCGUAAGCUCAUGAAUGAAGAGCUUAGGAUAUCCCAGCAGAGAUUAGAGGGACCAGAUGAAGUGCGUAAUGAAGAGCGCCCUCUGGACUACACUCCUACGCCACAGGUCAGUGCUCUUGAGUGCCUCAUCAAAGAGCUCUGGCAGAAAGAACAAGAACGUAUCCGCAAUACCAAACCAAAAUGCAGCCUGAAAGAUAAGUUGAAAGAGUACCAUGCCUUGAGAUUUGGGGGAAAGGAGUAUGUGAACUUCAAAGGGCAAGUUAGGCCAUCAAGGAAGAUGAAAGAGCCUUGUGAGAAUUGCCAGAAAGCUUGCACAGAGCAUAUCACAGAAGAGCAAAGACAAAGCCUAUUUAACAACUUCUGGGAUCCUAAUAAAGACUGGACAGAAAAGAAGAAGUAUGUGCUCAGCUGUACAGAAUCAAGGCCUGUCAUCAAAUCUAGGAUAAGACUUAAGAGGGCUAGGGCUGCCACAAGGUUCGGCAGGCCUCACAGAUUCACUUAUUUCUUUGAGGUGGAUGGUAAGAAAGUACCCGUUUGUCGGAAGUAUUUUGUCAACACCCUUGGCCUUAGCCAUAAUUUCAUAGCUUCUUGCAUUGCAAAGCAGGAUGAAAAUGGUGAUUUUGAUCCAGCCAAGAGGAAGAAGUCUGGAACUCUUGCCAAGUUACCCCCUGCUGCAGCCCAAGAGAUCAGACAGCACAUCAUCUACAACUGCUGGGCAGAUCCAAAUAAGGGUAGAGAGUAUCAGACCCAUUCUUCAACCAGAGGAUGGUCAUGGAACGUCUCCAAGAUGUAUGCCGCUUAUCGUCAGUGUUGUUGGAUGCAAGGCACAAAGCCUGCAAGCACUUACAUGUACAGGAGGGUGUUCUGCGAGGAAAUGAAAAUUUUUGAGGAAUGUAAGAUGUUGACAGCAAGCACUCCGAGUUCAUCCACCAGGCUUGCUGGGAAGAAACAGGCAGAGAGUAAGUCUGUGAAGGCAGCCUCCGGUUCUUCAAAGCAAGCAACCGCUCAGGAAUCAUCUGCCACUACUUCUGCUGAUGGUCCAGAGGGUGACAUUCUGGAUAAUCAAGAUGAAAUGUCUAUGGAACCUACAGAUGCAGAAAAUGAUAAAGACUAUCAACCGUCAAGUGAAGAAGAAUAUGAUGAAGAUGAUGAUGAUGAUGAUGAAGAUUACACACCUCCAAAAAGGAAGGCUCAGGUUUCUGCUGGUCCUCAGUGCUCUGUGCCCAUAGUGCCUCCCGAACAGAUGCCAGGAACAUAUGAUGGGGAAGAGGACUGUGCAGAGGAGGAGAAGGAUGAACAGCUUGAAGAUUUUCCUUCAACAUCUGGGCAGGUUGGUCAUACCAAAACAAGGUAUCGUCCUAGUGACACAGCGGACAUGCGUUGUGCUGGUCAGACCUAUGUCAAUGACAAAGGCAACAUCAUCCCAGCCCGAAAGAUCAAGGAACCCUGCACAAACUGUCGCAAACAAUGCCUGGAACGUGUGCCACAGGAGAUGCGGGAAAAGAUCUUCAACAUGUUCUGGAGCAAGGAAAUGCCCUGGGAGAAGAAGCGUCAAUACAUGGAGGACUGCAUCGAAGAGACCGCCGUCAAGAAGCGAACACUCCCAGCUUCUCAGAUGAAGCUGACUCGCAAGGUGCACAUGAAAUACACACUCAAGUUGGGAGACUGGCAGGAGAAUGUGUGCAAACUUUUCUUCCUGAACACGCUUGGAAUCAGCCAGAAAUUUGCCAUUGUAUCCCUGAGAAAGCAGAAAGAACGGCUUCUACAGGAUGUUGAGAUUCCUCCUUUUGACCCACCCGAUCCAGUCUCUCUUCCUGAUCCAGCCCCUCUUGCUCCAGUGCCAAGUGAAUCAACUCCUGCACCUACAGAUAAUGCAGAUAGUAGUUUUAGAGAUGUACUUUCCCAUCUGCUUCUAAUCCCUACAUCGAAUAUGUCUUAAUCAUAAAUUCUUCUGUCAGAUGUGUUCAGAGAAUGACUCUGCUAUGUCAUGUGACAGAUUAUUCAGGGGAGACAAAAAAAAAAUCCAUAGCUAAUGUUAUGAAAUAUCAUGUCAACAGUCAAUCGUCAAAUUCCUAAAACCGAUGA